AUGCCGGAGGAGAAGCGACCCCUCUCUCUUCUCGGACCGAACCCCCCUCCCCAGCGUCCAGGUCCACUUGUUAGAGCGCCCAGGCUAUGCGCGAAAGCCGAGCCACCGCCCCCCCCCCCCCGACUUUCACAACCAGAGGAGUUGGUUGGCAAAAGUGUUGCUUGUAAAGCCCAAGGAGCCCUCGAAGGCAGCGCCCCCAGGGUCCACGGGGAGCUUGAACUGCGAACAAGGCCGACCUCCCACCUCCCCCGGGGAGUCCAGAGCCCCGGGCCCCGCGGAGACCAAGAGAAGAAGGAGCGAAGGUUCUGCUACCUCGGGCAGGACUCCCAGAGCGGACGCAGCCCGCGGUUCACAGCCGGGAGCCGCCAUCCGUUCCCUGCAGCCUCGGGGCGAAGUUCGCCCGAGUCCUUGGGGUGGGAGGUUCGGGGUGGAGGCCGCGAGCCAGAGGAAAGGAGAUGGGGACCCGGAGCAACGCACCUACCUAGUCCAGGCGCAAGUUUCGGUGGCGUCCCCAGGUGCGGUCCCCCGCCCCCUCGCCAGGUGCUCAGCCGCGCCGGGCGCCGCCGGUGCCCGGGACUUCAGGCUUCUCAGCCGGUUCCUGCGGGAAACGACUGUAAAUCCACAUUACUGUUCGAGCUGCCGCUUGGGCCCCCGCAUCGCUCUCCUCUGGCUGGCGGCGGCGGCGGUGCUCUCAGCCGGCAGCCACCGGGGGCAGGGACCGAACCUGGCUACUGCCGCGCCAGUGGACGAUCCUUGCCAGGAGGGUGCUUGCGCCCGGGGUCGUGUGUGAACUCCGGGCUAAGCCGGAGCCCGCCGCGCUCCCGGGUGCGGGGCGUCUGCACGGCUGAUGGCUGUGCUGAUGUUGCCGUGGCCGCCGCCGCCGCGUUCUAA